CGCUUGAAUCGGCUCUUGUUCAAAGCACAAUCCAUUUUCAGGAGAGGCUUUUCAGGGUCAUAGGCCUUAUAUACGCUUUCCUUUUAUUGAAUAAUUGAUCAAAGCUCCCAGAUCAACUCAAAAUGAGCGCCAAAACUCCAGCCCAGGUGCUUGAAACUCUGCGGCGGCUGCAGUCGAACAAUGAGCUGUCCAUCAUCAAACUCAGUGAAUCCAUCUCAAAUUCUACGCCAAAUGAUACCCUUAACCGCAUCUCUGACGCGUCCAACACGUCGCUUGACGGACCUUCUCCUACGAGCCUGGAUGCAGACCUUAUCCACUACAAAGAACUCUUCGCCAAACUCCGAUUUUCGUAUGUUGAGCAGGUGACCAAGGAAAAGUUCAUCCGCGCCAUUGUAGGAGAUCCACCUCUCAUCGUCACUCUUCAGGAGAACCUGGAUCUGGAGCGAGAAAACGCCGAGGCGAAGGCACAGCUCAAGAACCUCAAAUUGGAGGUGGCAGAUCUAGUGUCUGACUUGGAAAAGAGGGGGCGGGACCUGAGCAAGCGGUACGAAAACAUUCAGCUGGAGACGGUGCGUUUGGAAGAGUUGCCGGCAAAGAUUGUCGAGCUGGAGAGUCGGAUCAAGGAGCUCAAGGACAAGCAUGAAUCUUCAGAGUCGGAUCCAAAUCUUCGACUGCCUCUCACCAAGACGCUUAGCCUCGUGGCGAAGCGGAAGGCAGAGCAGCAAGAGCUUGCGCGUGAGCUCGAAGCGCUGCAGGCCAAGGUUCCCAGGAAGAGAAAGGAAGCGGAGAGGCUGCAAGCCGAACUGCAGCCGUUGGAGGUGAAGCGGCAAAGUAGCACCACGGCCGCGCGUGAGGCUCGCAGGAGGAAGGAGGCUGCUCUUGGAGGAGUUGCUGAUGACCUUGAGCAGAGAGCUCGAUGGUAUAGGGCAAGUGAGAGUAUGCUAAAGCAAGUACUCGAUAUCAACACAUGAUGCCCAGAAGAAGCGACCAACAACGUUACGAGGAUAUGAUUUACGGAGACUCAUUGGGGGUUUUAAGGCGUUUUACGGGGGUACCUUGGGACAGAUGUGAUGGGAGAAUGGGAAUGGCGCUGGAUGGCAUGAUGGUUGGGUUGGAAUACGCAUUUUUGGAGUAUUUGAUGUAUAUAAUGUUAUGUGGCGUCUUCUGCUGAUGCAUUGACAUUCCUUGUCCUAUCAAAACGGAAGGAUUUGAACAGCUGUGAUCGAUCU